AAGGCUCUGUUGGAAGGUGGGGACUUCUUGAAACCCUAGGAAGGAUGGAGAAGCUGCUUCAUUUUCUGGCUUUUUCCUUUUUUCUUGAAGGCUGCCGUUGUUCUGAAGCUGAGCACCGUCUUUAUACUGAACUGUUUGCAAAUUACAAUAACAUCAUACGACCUGUGGAGAAUUUAUCUGAUCCGGUUAUAAUUUGGUUCGAAGUCUCCCUGUCCCAGUUGGUCAAGGUGGAUGAAGUGAACCAGAUUAUGGAAACCAAUUUAUGGUUGAGACAUAUCUGGAACGAUUACAAGCUCAAAUGGAAUCCGGACAAUUACGGGGGAGUCCAGUUCAUCCGGGUGCCGUCACAGAAGAUCUGGAAGCCAGAUAUUGUCUUAUAUAACAACGCUGUCGGAGACUUCCAGGUAGAUGACAAAACCAAGGCGCUGCUGAAUUAUACCGGGAACAUCACGUGGACGCCGCCCGCGAUCUUCAAGAGCUCCUGUAAAAUCGAUGUGACCUACUUCCCUUUUGACUACCAGAACUGCACCAUGAAAUUUGGAUCUUGGUCCUACGAAAAAGCGGAGAUCGAUUUGGUCCUGGUCGGCUCCACCAUGAACCUCAAAGACUACUGGGAGAGCGGGGAGUGGGCCAUUAUCAAAGCUGCCGGCUACAAACACGACAUCAAGUACAACUGCUGCGAGGAGGUGUACCCUGACAUCACCUACUCCCUUUACAUCCGGAGGCUGCCUCUGUUUUAUACCAUCAACAUGAUCAUCCCUUGCCUCUUGAUCAGUUUCCUCACUGUCCUCGUCUUCUACCUCCCUUCCGACUGCGGGGAGAAGGUCACUCUCUGCAUCUCCGUCCUUUUGUCCUUGACUGUUUUCCUGCUGGUGAUCACGGAGACCAUUCCUUCCACGUCCUUGGUGAUCCCCCUCAUCGGGGAGUACCUCCUCUUCACCAUGAUCUUCGUCACCCUCUCCAUCGUCAUCACCGUCUUCGUGCUGAACGUCCACUACCGAACGCCCAGGACUCAUACGAUGCCCGGGUGGGUGAGAUUGGUUUUCCUCCAUUUCUUGCCCAGGGUCAUGUUUAUGACCCGGCCGAUGGAGAAAGAGGAAGAGAGCCACACUCCGAAGCUAAAGCCGCCGUCGCCUUACAGCUCCGAGAUCUCCCACUUAAACUGCCUCGGGGCCUCGGAAAGCAGGGGUGGCAAAGCUGACCUUCCGUGCCAAGAUGCCAAGUGCAGCUGCUACCGGCACCAGCAUAUAAAAUAUAUCACCUUGAAGAGCAACCUGACCGAGAGCUCCAGCUCCGAAUCCGUAGACGCUCUGCUUUCCUCCUCGCUUAUUUCGCCGGAAAUGAGAGACGCCAUCGAGAGUGUGAAAUACAUUUCGGAAAACAUGAGGCUGCAGAAUGAGGCUAAAGAGGUAUGGGAAGAUACCAUCUGA